AGAAUAUAAUGCAUCCUGAAAACACAGCUACAAGCAGGGGGAAAACAAAUGAAGAGCAACCUACAUGACAGAAAUUAAAACUUGUACAACCCAUGAUGUACCCCAGAUCAGUUGCCACCAGCGUGUCUCCUGAAAAGCAUUUGACCUACAAAACAACAAUAAUAAUGGGGUUUAACAUGUCCUAUGCGAAGCUUCCAGAUCAUCAUCAUCUGGGUCAAGACACCAGUAUUUUAACCAAUUAUUCACAAGAACUACCUGGGAAUUCUACCAAUCGUGAAUUUACAACCAUUGUUUUACCUGUACUUUACCUCAUCAUAUUCGUGGCAAGCAUCUUACUGAAUAGUUUGGCAGUAUGGAUUUUCUUCCACAUCAGAAACAAGACAAGCUUCAUUUUUUACCUCAAAAACAUUGUGGUUGCAGACUUGUUGAUGACAUUAACAUUUCCAUUUAAAAUUAUUCAAGACUCAAGACUGGGGCCAUGGUACUUCCAUUUUUUUCUGUGCCGGUAUACAACUGUUUUGUUUUACGCCAACAUGUACACUACCAUUGUCUUUCUCGGCCUCAUUAGUAUUGACCGGUAUCUAAAAGUGGUGAAACCAUUUGGAGAUUCAAGGAUGUACAGCAUCACUUUCACCAAGAUUCUGUCUGCAUGUGUGUGGAUUGUUAUGACAUUUUUAGCUUUGCCUAAUAUGAUCCUUACAAACGGAAACUCAACUAGGAAAAAUGUGGGUGACUGCUUAAAACUAAAAAGUCCUUUGGGAGUCAAGUGGCACGAAGCUGUCAUUUACAUCAAUAAUGGCAUGUUUAUCAUUGUACUUUUAGUAUUAAUAGGAUGUUAUAUUGAAAUAUCAAAAUAUAUCUAUAAAUCAAGCAAGCAAUUUAUCAGCUCUUCAAGUCGCAAACGGAAACACAACCAGAGCAUAAGGGUGGUUGUAGCUGUGUUUUUUACUUGUUUUUUGCCAUAUCAUUUGUGCAGAAUACCUUUUAUUUUUGGCCAUCUAGAUAAAUUUUUAGAUGAUUCAGCACACAAAAUCCUGUACUACUGCAAGGAAGUGACUCUUUUCCUGUCUGCAUGCAAUGUAUGCCUAGACCCAAUCAUCUACUUUUUCAUGUGUAGAUCAUUUUCACAAAGGUUGUUCGGGAAAUCAAACAUGCGAGCAAGGAGUGAAAGCAUUAGGUCGCUUCAGAGUGUCAGAAGAUCAGAGGUGCGCAUAUAUCAUGAAUACACUGAUCUGUGACAUUAUCUUCAGAUUUGAGCACUUUCCCAUAUUUGUACCAGUACAUUUGUUAUGUGUAAAUAAUAAAAUAUUUUGUUUGA